GCCGCCUGCUGGUCCAGGCCGCCGCCGUUCCAGGCCGCUGCUGCCGCCGUCCUUCCCGGCCGGCGCCGCCGCCUCAACGUGCUGCUGCUGCUCUUCAACGAGCUGCUGCUGCUGCUGCUCCUCUUCUCUGCUGCUCUUCUUCAACGAGUUGCUGCUGCUGCUCUUCUCCUCCUGGUCUGCUGCUGCCAUCAAGCUGUGCCUCCUGCUGCUGCUGGUCUUCAACGAGCUGCUGUUGCUGCUCUGCUGCAAUGGCGCCCUCCACCACCACCGGUGCUGUCCCAGUCCCACGAUGUCCUGUUAUCUUCAACGGACAGAACUACAGGGACUGGGUGCAGCACAUGAAGCUGCACAUGAGGGGCCAGCUGGUCUGGGAGCACCUCUCUGGUGCUCUGCCUUGUCCCCUGCUGCCCACUCCUCCAGCUGAGUUGGCCUUCCCUGUUGAUGCCGAUGAAACCAAGCAACGUGAGAUGCUAGAUGCUUUUGAAGAGGCCACUGAAGAGUAUCAGAAUCAACUCCACUUAUACAAGCAAUGGACAAAUGAUGAUGCUCGAGCCUCUUCUAUCUUGGUGAACAGCAUGGAUGUUGAUCUCACCAUGGAUGUGGUGGCCCUUACCACUGCAUAUCAGAUGUGGGAGCAUCUUCGCCAUCGCUAUGAGUCUACAGGGGAUGCCAUGUAUCUCUCUGUUGUUCAUCAAGAGCAACAACUACAACAGGGAGAUGCUACUGUGGAUGAUUUCUACAAGGAGAUGUCGGCGGUGUGGCGCCAAUUGGACUCUCUAGGAGCUGAUGUUUGUCGCAGAUGUCAGUGUUGUGUGCGGCAACAAGCUAAGCUGGAGGUUCGUCGCCUCUACGACUUCCUCACUCGCCUCCGGCCGGAGUUCGAGCAGAGUCGUGCUCAGCUAUUGGCACGCCAUCCUCGGCUCUCUACUCUGGAGGCCCUUGCUGAGGUGCGAUCUGAGGAGGUGCGCCUACGGAGCACGGGCUUAUUGCCAUCCUCUUCAGCAGUCCUGGCUGCCCGCGUUCCACCACCGCUGCCUGGUGUGCCCUCUUCUACACAGGUGGCAGCAACCUCCACUAGUGCUUUCUGCAACUACUGCAAGCAGGAUGGUCACAUGAUCACGGAGUGCAUCAAGAGGAGGAAACAGGGUCGCCGUGGUGGCCGUCCUCAAAAGGACUCGGGAGGCUCCUCUAAUUUUCGUGAGGGCUCCCUUGAGAAGGUUCACCAGGAGAUGCUCACCUUGCUGCGCCGCCUUACUGCUUCUGCACCAUCCUCAGGUUCUGCUGGUUCUGCUGGUCAGACGUCUGGUCCACCACCGCACUCUUCGUCAGGAUCGUCGUAUGGGGACUCUGGUUGGGAUCGGUCCUCGGCGCCAUGACUCUCAGCGCCUUUGGGAGCUCGAUUGGCUGCGCCUUCCUUCCGCUGCGUCCUCUAGCCAGUCGGACAUCACCACCCCUUUUGCUUCAGCUGC